AUGAGCGAUAAGGAUAAACUUAUUUCGGAGGAGGAUGGCGUCGGGUUAUCUAGGAAACUGACCAGAAAGGAUAUCAACAUAAGGCCACCCUGGUACUUGGGCCCUGGAUUUCUGCUCUUCUGGGUCCUACUCUUCUUCGCUGUGGUAAUACCGCUCUUCUAUCGCCUGCCCACAUCGCUGACAAUCGAGGAUGACAAUGAAGGCGAAUUCAUUGGAGAUCGCGCCUAUAACACGCUCAACAAUCUGGUGAACAUUGGACCCAAGGUGACGGGCAGCAAUGCCAAUGAGGUGGAUGCAGUAGCUUAUCUGCUAAAUGAAAUAGCUGAUAUCAAGAAAGAGCUGCUUGAGGAGCUGUUCACCUUGGAGAUUGACAUACAGAAAGCUACGGGCUCGCAUAUCUACUAUGACAUGCUUGAGAUGUAUCAAGGAGUACAGAAUAUUGUGGUCAAGCUGAGCCCAAAGAGAUCCACUAGCGAGUCGUACCUUCUGGUCAACAGCCACUUCGAUUCAGUGGCAAAUUCUCCUGCAGCUGGUGACGAUUGCUUCAUGGUGGCCACCAUGCUGGAGGUGCUGCGUGUGAUGGCCACAACCAGACAAUCCUUCGAGCAUCCCGUCGUCUUUUUGUUCAACGGAGACGAGGAAAUGGGCAUGCAGGCCUCGCACGGUUUCAUCACACAGCACAAAUGGGCACCAAAUUGCAAAGCUGUCGUCAAUUUGGAUGCCGCGGGCAGUGGCGGGCGCGAGAUUUUAUUCCAAACUGGCCCCUCACAUGCCUGGCUAGCCACUUAUUACAAAGAGAGUGCGAAACAUCCUUUCGCCACCACCCUGGCUGAGGAAAUCUUCCAAAUGGGUCUUGUGCCGUCCGAUACGGACUAUCGUAUUUUCACACGAUACGGCAAUAUUCCAGGUGUUGACAUGGGCCAGGCCAUCAAUGGCUUUAUAUACCACACCAAGUACGAUCGUAUCGAUGUUAUUCCUCGCGGCUCCAUUCAAAACACGGGCGAUAAUCUUCUGAGUUUAGUGCGCAAUUUGGCAAACGCAACCGAAUUGCACGAUACAGAGGCAUACAAAAAUGGCCAAGCUGUGUACUUUGACUUUUUGGGUCUGUUUGUCAUCAACUACUCCGAAGAAACGGGCAAAACUUUGAACUACUGCGCAGCAGGAGCCACGCUCAUCCUGGUUUUCAUCUCUUUGUGGCGCAUGUCAGCCGUUGCUCGGCUGUCCUCAUGUGGUGUCUGGCAGCGUCUUAUAAUGCUAGUGACUCUACAGAUUAUAGCCUUCGUCUUGGCCCUGGGAAUGCCCUUGCUAGUAGCAUAUGUUUUCGACAGCUUUGGCUUGUCGUUGACCUACUUUAGCUCUCCAGCGCUCCUGAUCGGCUUGUAUAUAUGCCCGGCACUAAUUGGUCUCGGUCUGCCAAUCACCAUUUACUAUCAGUCGCAGCAGAACAAUAAAUUACCUAUCACAUAUCACCUGCAACUGGCUUUGCAUAGCUGGGUCGUUGUUUUGGCUCUUCUGGCCAUAGGAGGGACAGCCUAUGGCUUGCGCUCCAUCUAUAUUAUCACAAUUCUGAUUAUAUUCUAUGGCAUUUCCUUGGCCCUAAAUCUCUUGACGACGCUCCACGAUCGUGGCUACAGUUGGGCUGGCCUGGUCAUAGCUAGCCAGGUGAUGCCUUUCCUGUACAAUAGCUACCUCUUCUACAUAUUCAUUGUGGUGCUGACGCCCAUGAAUGGUCGAUCCGGCAGUGCCUCCAAUCCGGACACAACCAUUGCUGCCUUGGCAGCACUGGGCGCAGUGACUUCCUUUGGAUUUUUGCUGCCUUUGACCAACAUUUUCCGACGACCCUGGUCGGUAUUGCUCACCCUAUUGCUGGUUACGGGCGUUACGAUAUUCCUAGCCUGUGGCACUCAGAUCGGUUUUCCCUAUCGCCAGAGGACCAACAGUGCGCGACACGUGCGCCGAAUCUUUUACGAGUACGACGGCAGCGUUAGCAAGGAUGACUCCGGCUAUUUGUUCAAUUUCCAGGAUAGACGUCAAGCGCAAGCGUUUCCCGGCGUGAAUCUAACUGGCGCGAUUAGCCAGACGUCCAAUUGCGAUACACACAUGAUGUGUGGGGUGCCUCUGUUCGAUGAACGCUGGGUGGGCAAUCGUUUGCAGGGCAUGUGGCUGCCACGUGAGGAGCCCAUCGUGCCACCAACACCAGCCAAUCUGGAGCUGCUGAGCAAAACAGUGUUGAAUGAUACGAAAACUGUACGCUUUGAAUUCCGCUUGACGGGACCGAACUAUUUGAGCCUGUUUGUGCAGGCCUAUGAAGAUGAUUAUGUCACUGUGAGUGACUGGUCCUUCUCCCGGAGUUACCUGGAGCAAAAGCCAGCUCUUCCGCUGUCCUACCACAUGUACAUUACCUAUGGAAGUAAUGCACCACUCGAGUUUAGUCUCGAUCUUACAAAAGCGAAUGGAGACUUCAAUGUGCCGCUGUUCCAACUAGGCGUAUCGUCGCACAAUAUUGGAAACAAAGGCGACGAGCAUAGCGUGAAGUUCGCCUCAACAUUCCCCUCGUAUGCAGUCAUAACCGAUUGGCCUUCCCUAUAUCAAAGAUAUAUAUUCUAA